GGGUAUAGAACUAAAAUGGUGUUCUUGUUUUACUUCUGUUCUGCAGUCAAACUAAACCCCUUCUCUGUUUUUGCCAGUCCUCUCACAUGCUCUGCUCAGUUGUUUAUUUGCCCAGAUAAGAUCUCCCUCCCCUCAUCUAAACUCCAUCCCCCUUCCAGCUUCCCUCUUUCUCCCUCUUCCUUUCAUGCAGCCUUUGUCGCCCGCCCACCAGUUGAUUCCUGCUCAGAGUUAGGAGGUGACAGGAGCGACAGGAAAGAAGCCCGAAGCAGACAUUUUUUCACAAGGACUUGGUGCUUUCCUGCUGCAUCUUUAAAUCUCACCACUACAAUGCUGCGCCUGACCUCAGGUCGCCUGGGAAGUCUUCUGGCCAGGAGUCCCAUCGCAGCCCUGACCACCAGCAGCAGAGUGAGGAUGAAGAGCCAGCAGAGUCAUGAGGUGGUAGAGACAGUGGACAUGUCUCGGCCUUUGUACUACGACCGGCUGGACACCCCUCUGCCUGACAAACCCUACAUUGAUAUCCUGAGUGAUGCUGACAAGAGCCUGAAGCAGAAGGAGAAGGGACCCUGGAGUCAGCUGACCAAUGAGGAGAAGAUCACCUUGUAUCGUCUCAUGUUCUACCAGACCUAUGCAGAGAUGAAGGAGCCUAAAGGAGAGUGGAAAACUGUAGUGGGUGGCAUCUUCUUCUUUCUGGGCUUCACUGGUCUGGUGGUCUGGUGGCAGAGAAUUUACGUCUACCCUCCGCAUCCCAGGACCAAUGAUGAGGACUGGCAGGCCAUGCAGCUCCAGAGGAUGUUGGACAUGAGGGUCAACCCUGUGCAGGGCUUCUCUGCCAAGUGGGACUACGAAAAGGGCCAGUGGAAAUGAAAGGAAUGUCUGGAUAGAGCCUGGGAUGCCACAGAGUUCUGACUUCAUUCUGUUUUAUCUCCGUCUCCCCACUCUGCCUCCUCUACAGCUACUGAGGGCUUCUGGCAAUUUAUUACUGUGGCCAUAACAUAAUUAUAAUAAAGCCUUCUUAUAACUCUG